UCACUUAAUUUUACUGUCAGAGUACACCAGAAUGCUACAUUUUAAAGCUCAUGUUUAAAAUAAAAUUCUCGGAGCGUGCACCAGGGUUUUCGGGCUUGUCACCUUUUUCACCUCUCAUGAGUUUGCAGGUAUGAUAAUCAAACUCAUGGUCCUAGUUCAAUACAUGUCCACAGGGGAUUGAGGUGAUGGAAAUCAGGCCAGUUCUCCUAAUAGGGAAAGUAUAGCAGUUUCUGUCUGUAGCCCGCCCCUCUUCACAGUGACCCAUGCUGAAGGCCCAAAUACCCAUGUACAAUGUUCUCUCAACAAUCUGUCAGAUAUCAGAUUGGAAAUAACUCCUCCUUACAUACUGUAUAUUAAGUCACAGAAAACACUAAAGCCUCUUUCUCACGUGUCUGUCAGAGGUGUGUCGUCGUGAAAACAGGAGCCGGAGCUCGUGUUUUAUCUCAGGUGCUAUAAAUCUGCUGGCCCAAGACCUCAUGGCUUUUCUUUAAAUCUAUACAUCUCAGAAUCUCUGGCAGAAGCGGUGUCCUACUGGGAUUAAAGUUUCUAGAAGAUUACAAUGUUCCUACAUCAGCACUUAAGGUCACCUCAUCUCUGGCAUUCACCACUGAAUAUCAGCUGGCAAUAUGUCUGUGAUCAAUAUGUUGCCAACCAGUCAUGGAAGGUGAACAUUCAGUAUGAUGUGAAAGGAUCCACCAAGGUUUGAAUCAGGCGCACAAAAGAAGCCAUACGGAAUAGGAUGAGGCAUGUCUGUGUAUAUGACACUGAUGUGUUUUUGGUCGGGUGGAUCGAAACCUUGACGGGCUGUCCCGACAUCUGGACCGAAGUGACCUCAGAGCCGGGUUUAGAAAAGGUUCUUUGGUUUAGGCCUUUAGGGGAUUUAUAACACAUUGAAUCAUCAGAUUCAGAUGAAGGAAAAAAAAAAGAAGAAGUUGGGUGACUCAAAACUGUCUUAAGACUUGAAAAGUGUGAGUGGAAGAAAAGACAUAAAGCUACACUGAAACAAAACUGAAACAAUAUUUACAAAAACAAACUAAACUAAUUGUAAAUUGUAUUGUUCAGUGGUAGAGCAACGUAUUUAAUGUGCCGGCCACCAACACACAGUUGUGCCUCUUCCUGGUCAGUUCAAGACCCCCUGUGUGACCCAUUCUGUCCUCCAUCAGUAGAUCAACUCGUAUAUUUACCGGCUCUGCAUUCAUUCAACAGCUGGACCUUUUUGUUGCAGCUAUAGAUUAUCAAUAAUGUGAGAAUUCACCACAGUCCUUGUAGUUAAAUACUGAGAAUACAGACGAGGGAGAAGGGUUAUUCGAGUAUAUUAAAUUAGCAGCAGAUGCAUGAAUAAUGCUGCUUAUGCCUUUAAGGAACUGAAACAUGAAACCAGCUACUUCUGUUCGAAUGACCAGACAGGCUUCGCAGAAUUUUAGGUCAUAAUGCGGUGACAAUAUGCUUGUCAUACCGUAGGUGCUGGAUUCUAAGUAACUUGGAGUAAAAUGUGCUUACCCACCGACCGACGCAAGAGCACAGAGAUGCAAACAAAUGUCGAACGCAGCCCUCCGAGGCUUUGUUUACUGAGGAAGUGCUUCACGCGCAGUUUGACAUGUCAGAUGAUCUAUGAGGAUGAACACAAUAUCAAAAAGUGGGGAAAAAAGGACACAAGAACAAAAGUGCUUUUUAAAAAAAAAUAAAAAAUUUCGAGCAUGAAAUCGCUCGUGACAUUUGGCCGGACAAAAGUGGGUGUCCCCCUGUACAUGACUAACGGGGCAGGGACAGUCCUAGUGUGUGUGUGUGUGUGUGUGUGUGUGUGUGUGUGUGUGUGUGUGUGUGCGCUCUUUAACUGGGAGCAUCAAAUGUCUCACAAUGAUGGGGAGGAGAUAAAUCAUUUAAAAAAUGCCCAAGGUAACGCUGGGUAAUUUCUGGGAUUUGAGUCCAGAAUGAGGAUGUUUUUCAUUACUGAUUCAUUUGAUGAUUAAUUAUUUUCACUUGAAUGUCCUAGAAAGUGUGCGAAAAUAGUGAUAAAUGCCCCAAAGCCCAAGUUGACAUAUUUGAAAUUGCUUGUUUUUGUGCUACAAAUAAUUUAAAAGAUUUGUUUGAUCAUUGACAAAAACUGCACAUUUUCACAUUUGAGAAGCAACAACUAGUGAUUUUCAGUUGGCAUCUAAGGUUAAAAACAAAGACUUAAUGGCUUGUCAGUUUCUGCUCGACUCUUGCAGACGAGUCUCUGAUCUUUAGAUGAUAUCAACAUUUGUGAAUCUAAAAACAGAUUUCAAAACUUCCACAAAAGGAAGCUCACUAGAAUUGAGAGAGACGUAACAAUCAUCUCUGUAGACUUUCUAUUCUACUCCUUUAUGAUAUCUGUAGACUAAAAUUACAGAAAAGGUUUAAGCUUUAAGGAACUUCAGGGUUGGGAGGAUAGGAUUUGCCUCAAAAAUACAAGAUUAAAGAUCAAAUGUGUGUGUGUGUGUGCACUCUGUAUGAUUCCAGGAUUUGUAAUCAGAUACGUCGUAUCUCACAUGCGGCCUUACACCGCGGUGUUUCAACUUAAAAGGUUGAGGGCAGCCCCCCCCGCCCUACUGGACACCCACACCUAACACUUCUUAUCUCCAUCUCCACCGUCCCUCACUCGAAACUCGCACUUUUGGUCUGCGACAUUUGACUUGCAAAACGGUGUCGAGGAAAUGCGCCACCAGUGAGAUCUUAUCAGCUUUAAUACAUCGCUCAGUUUCCCCCCCCCCCCACACUUCCAAAGGUGACAUGACGAUGAUGCAUGCCACACUAUAUAAAUGAUGCUCAGUGGGCAGUUGCAGCAUACGAUCCUCUGGAUUACGACCACGGAACUUCUGCUCUCCUGAUUUGAUGUUCUUUGGUAUAGCUUCAGAGUAAACUCAUCCAAAAUGGUAAGAAAUAACUAUUGGAAUUAAAGAUGCUUCUUGUACUUAUUAUCUGGCCAGUUAAUGCGGCAAUUGUUUUUUUUAAAUUUGUAAAUGAUUCAAUAGAACAGGGGGUAAAGGACCAGCUUUGCUACUUUGGUCAUUUUGCAUUAUUAUACCACAUAUUCUCAACUAAAAGCUUUCAGCUCCUGGAAAUGUAUCAUUUUUUCCCUUAAUUUAAGGGAUCAUUAUUGAGGUUUUAAUGGUAGUAAUAGAUCUUUUAAAAUAAUCCCCUCCUCCUCUUCCUGCUGUUUCCUCAGAAGACUCUGUCACUGUGGUUAUGUGGGCUUCUCUUCGCCAGCCUCACCGGAGCACAUGGACUCAACCGCUUCCCAGAAAACUGUACGUCUUAUUUACUCUCCACACGUUUUUAUAUUUUUUAAAAUUGUCUUGAGUGGUUCUAAAUCUGUUCAUCUUGUCCUGUUCUUAAAUGUGGCAGUCGUGGUGGCGAAGAGGAACGACACAAAUCCAGUCACACUGACCUGCCGCACGGAGGCCCCCGGAGCCAUCACGUGGAAGUUUCAGGGCGAGGAGCCGGAGGACGUCCAGCAGAACGGACCACACCUGGGCCUGUCGGAGGUGGGCACGCCCAUCUUGGGAGAAUACAGCUGCUGGAGGGGAAAGGAAAUGUUAUCAUCCACCCAUCUGCUGCUGGAGGCUAAGAAGGAAGUGUCAGAUUCUCUCUCCAUCAUUUGUUGGGCAAAGUCUUACGACUGUAACUUCAGUUGUGAGUGCACCCACAGUGAACAAACAGCGGUGCGCUUUGGACUGGGCCAUGACUGCAGUGAAGGUAGGAAGUCCUGUCACUGGAUCAGCGCCGAUCAGCUCGUGGACGGGAGAUUCCACCUUGAGCUGUCCCACUCGCUCUCGCCCUACGCCGAGGAGAGCACCAUGCUGGAAGUCACCGCCGAGGCCAUCGUCCACCUCUCCGUCCUCAGGAAGACCAAGAAAUUUUACCUCAGGGACAUCGUUCAACCCGACAGUCCCCAGAUUGUGAUGUGUCAGGAGGGGGAAGAGGACCUGAACGUGACCAUUGAGCCACCGUCCAGCUGGUCAACCCCUCACAGCUUCUUUAGUCUGGAGCACGAGAUCCAAUACGUGUUGAAAGACAAUGGCAAGCUUGGACAUUCAUCAUCCGUCCUGCUGCCGAAGGGCAUCAGCAAGCUGAGGGCUCGCUCCAGAGACUCACUGGUGCUCUCACACUGGAGCCAGUGGACCCCCUGGAAAAAUGUGAGAAGAGGGAACCUAUGCAAAUGCAAAAACACAGCAAAAUCCUGCUGCCCAGAGUUGCCAUCUGGAUACUUGGACAACUGCAAGAAGAAACAAAAGAAAAAAAGGAAAAAAGAUGCCAAACAGAGCCAGGCAACUUAUAAGGAAUGUGCUCAAUAAGAACAUGCAUUGCAACUGGGAUCCUGCUGGUGUACAAACACCUUUUGUCUGGGAAUAGUGGACACAGAUUUUAAUGUAUUUCUCUGAAGUAAUUCAAUUGUAUUUGUCA